AUGACCGAACCCACUCUAAAGACUUCUUCUUCAUCAUCACCACCAUCACCUCUAUCAUUCAUCACUGUUGUACAAGCCUCUACUCUCAAUAUUCGAGUACAAGGUGGAACGGUUGCCUCUCCUCGACAAUUUCCUCAUAUCAUUUCCAUACAAUAUCAAACACAGCCUGGAGCUGCCUUUGAGCAUACGUGUGGAGGUACCAUCAUUUCAUCCAAAUUCAUCCUCACUGCUUCUCACUGCAAUUUUGAAUCCGAUGGAUCCGUAGUUUCUCCCUCUAAACUCUCCAUUGUGUAUGGCACCAAUGUAUUGAGUGAUUGUCCAUCUUCACAGAUUGGAACAUUUCCAAAAUGUCAGAGAGUAGCAGUAAAGAGAGUAAUGAAUCAUGCUCAAUACAAUGAACAAUUAGUAGUGAAUGACAUUGCACUCUACGAAUUGGCAACACCCAUUUCGAAUUUACCUUUGGCUCACAUUGCAAAAAUUCCACGAAAAAAUCCUCAAUUACAAACACCACAUUAUAUCGUUGGAUGGGGAAUUACAAGUGAUGCGAGUGGAGUGGCAUCGAAUGAACAGAGAGUGGGUGUGGCACCUCUUGUGGAUGAUUCCAAUUGUAACAAAUUGGGACUUGGCAUGUCGUCCUCGAAUGGACAGCUCUGUGCUGGUAAUGGAGAUGGUGUGGAUGCUUGUGUGGGUGAUUCUGGAGGUGGUCUUUCAUUUAAACCAAAGAAUGAUACCCAAUUUGUAGUUUCAGGAGUUGUUUCCUAUGGACCAAGUGGAUGUGGAGUUCCCUCAUCAGUCUCAAACCGAGGUGUCUACACUUCAGUUGCAUACUUUAGAAAUUGGAUUGAAACUCAAGUGAAUGGAACGUCUCCUCUUUACUAUUAUGAUGGAACAGGAGGAUCCGAUGACAGUCCUGUGACUGAAGGAAAAAAUCAAAUCAAUGAGGGAUCUAUCCAUCAUUGGAGUUGGAUGUUGAUGAUUUCUGUCCUGUUUGUCUUAUUACACACCAAUUUCUAA